AUGGCGGCGCGGUGGGGAGCAGGCGAGGAGAUUUUAACUGCGUGCAAUAUGGAAUUUUUCGCCAUGGAUACACUAGACGAGUCUGCUGUGCUGAGCCCUGGAGAAUCUCUGGAGGUCCUUCAAAGCUGCUUAGACCCCUCAAUCCUUUCUAUCUUUGAGGACACACCAACAAUAGAGACUAAAGGACUUGAUGAGGAAAGUGAAGCCACGCUGCUAACCGCCCUGACGGAGAUCCUUGACAAUGUAGAUGAUGAGAACUUGUCCCCGUUUGACACACUGCCUGACUCAGACCUGCUGUCGGGUCAGAAGGGCAGGGAACACUCUCCGCUCAGGAGGUUGCUGUGUCUGUCCCGUUCCCCUCCAGAGAAAGACAAACUAUGUAAUGCAAGAGCUUUAUCAACUGGAAAGAGCCUCCCGAGGAUGCAGCCAGACUCUCUCCAGAGGAGUGAUGGAGAGGAGGAGGAAGAUGGCUCCCUCACUCUGAGCCCAGGGGGGCAGGACUCAUGCACUGACAGUAGCCUGCUAGACUGGGAAGGUCUGACCUUGCCCCUUCCAGUCACCUUUGAACAGGAAGGUGAAGAUGGACUUUCACUUAACCUGGGGGACUUGGUCAGGCAUAUGCACCCGUACUGUAUGGCCAUAUGUGUGGAGAAUGAGGAGGGACAACAGAUGCUGCCUGAGGGAGGUAUAUUACUUGAAGUUGUGGAUCAGGGAGAAAAUGGAGAACCCAUCCUGGCCAUCCCAAACAUGGAUCUCCCAGUCUCUCUGCCUCUUAAAGAGCGAUCUUCAGAAGAUGAGCAGAAAGCUUCAGAUGAAGCCGAAGAGGCAGCCUCUGACUGUUCAGAGCACAUAGUAGUUGAUGAUGAAGAAGCAACAGUUAGCGAGGUUCCAGUGACAACAGGCCUAUGUUCAGGUGUUAAAGAUGAGAUGAUCAUUAAGAGACAGAAGGAGGAGAUUAAAGAGAAAAGCCCUUCCCGGAGGAAAAAGAAAAAGAAAUGCAAAAAACAGUCCCAACCUAAUCCUGUGGAGGGGAGGGUCCUUAGGAGUGGUACUGCAAGAAAGAAAGCACAGGAAUUGCCCAAAAAGCCUGAAAAAAUGUCUGUAAAAGAAGAGAAGAAACUUAAAGUCCCAAAGGUUCCACUUGAAUCAACUCCAGCUUCAUCUCCUGGUAAACCCAAGGAAGAAGAUCUAUGCCAAAGUGAAACGCAAGCAGAAGCCACUACUACAACACUACUGCCUGAAAAUAUUGUGCAGGUUGCCACACGUCUGUCACCCGGACAGGACACAGCUCCGUUAAGUGCUAUCCCUGAGAAGAGUCAGUCUAGUUGUUUACCAACAGCAGUGAGUCCCCAACAGCCCGAUGGUACGCCAAAACUCCCUGUUGAGCGAGAAGACACGGCGGCGGCUCCUGCUGCUAUCCUCUCCGCUGUGUCUUCAGAGAGCCCUGCAGCUGCUCCUAGCUCAGCGACUCCCCAGAUGACAUCGCCUGUUAGUGAGGCCCUCCCUCCUGUGGCCCCCACAGUCCCAGAGCCGAAACCCAAAUCACUCAGUCUGGCAGAGUACAGACGACUUCGACAGCAGAAAAAGCCUGCUCCGGUGGAAAAACAGGACGGCAACAGCACUAAGUGGCCCAGUCUUCCAGAGCUUCCCAAAGAGCUCCCCCCUAUUCCCUGCCUGCCUGAUCCCAGCCCCAAAGAUCCUCGACGGCCCAACCCCCAGGCAGCAAAGAAGGAAGAGGAGGAGGUGAAACCUGCCUGGCAGCCGAGGGGACCGUGUGCACCACCCACCCCUGAGGCAUUGUUGGUGCCACCAGCCUACAUGGUUGCUUCAUCAAGUAAAGUUUCAGCUGCUACUACUGCUCUUCCUAAAUCAGAGCAAACACCUCAACCCUCCAAACUUUCUCCACCCCAAAAACCCUCAGGUCCUGCCCCUAGUUCUAUGAAGUCAGCCACACAAAACCACAACAGUGCUCAGCCUGCAGUACAUUGUGCACCUCAAAGUGUUGGGUCUCCAGCAUCUUUAAAACCUGCCACUCAGCUCAUGUCUUCAGCAGAUGGAAAAGGUUCCCCUGCAUUGUCAGAAGGAAAGGCUAGAGUCAGUGAAGUCCCCAAAUCACUGUCUGACUCUUCCAAGUCUGUAGAGAGCACUAAGACCUCUCCUAAAACCACUACAGAUGCUGCUACUUGUUCUGCUCCCAGUGCCCCCCAGAAGACCCCUGUUGUUUCCCAGAAGGUGCCUGAGGUUGCUACACUUACCUACCUAAAUAACGCCGUCACAUCUGACAGCAAGUCUUCCAAACCUACAACCAAUGGUACUGAGCUUUCGGACUCAAAGAGUUUAACAAAGGAACCUGUUGUACUUGAAACUAAAGAGAAACCCACUACAACAGUGACGCCACAGAGAGCAAAGAACCCCACACAGGAGUUGAUUGAGGCGUUCACCAGUGAAAUAGGUAUUGAAGCUGCUGAUCUGACCAGCUUAUUGGAGCAGUUUGAGGAGACCCAAGCCAAAGAGGAGCAAUGUGUGCCGGAGGUCUCUGGUAGAGCAGCAGCUGUAGGAAACUCGAGCGUUGAAUUGGUUCCAGAGAAAACGGUUCUGGAGCGUGUAAGAGCAAAUGACCUCUCCAGUACCGCAGCUUUGACCCCCCCAGCAACGCCUCCUCACCACAUGUGGAAACCUCUGGCCCCUGUGGCCUUACUAGGGAAAAGCAAGGCUGCUGAGGCCUCCAAGUCGAGUUCCCCUAAAGUGAUCCAGAUAGAAGCCCGGCCUCUGCCCUCAGUCAGGUCCAGAAGCAAACCCACUCCUGCUGCUGCCACUGUAGCCCCUGACCUGGCAUGCAUGGAUCAUGACUACUGCCUCCCCAACAAAGGAACUUUGCCAGGAGAGCAAGGCAAGCGCUGGAAUGUUAAACAGCAAUCUUUUAUCACUAUUAAACCCAUCAAGCAGCAUGCUGCAACCACUACACAAACACCCCCAGCUGCUCCAGCAUCAUCUCUGCAGUCUACCACAAAUCCUACGGUUUCAACCAAAGCACGAGAUUUUCCACUGACAGUACCCCUGGGGACAAAUGAUGAGAUGGAGAGUAGCUCUGUUCUGGAGACUCCGGAUGCUUCUCCUGCUCGGCAGGAGACUGAAUCCACUUUCAAAGACAGGAGCCCCAGGAGAGGGCAUCUUGAGAGGUCCUACCGUCGACAUGCUUCCUCUCGUUCACCCAGCCCCAGAUACAGUCCCAAAGAGAGGACAGGAGGCCGGUCUAGAAAAAGAAGAUCCCGUCGUUCUCCCAGCCCAAUGUCUAGCUGUUCAGAGUCAGACUAUUCCUCCAGAUCUCGGUCUAGAUCAUGCUCUCCAGCAAAGAAAAGGUUUCGUCACCGUAACUCUGAGAGCAGUUCCAGCUCCUCAUCCCGUUCCUCCUCUCGGUUCUCUCGCUCUGUGUCCCGUUCCCCUCCCAGGAGGAGGAGGUACUCCUAUUCCUCUUCUCGUUCUGGCUCUUGGAGUCGUUCUAGAUCGCGUUCUCAAUCCCCUACAAGACGACAACAGUGGAGCAGAAGCAGACAAAUGUACAGUCCCUCAUAUAGGCCAAGCUCUAGCAACGGUGUAAACGUGGAAGAGGUGAAAAGACGCAAGGAGAAAGCCAUUGAGGAGCGCCGAGUUGUUUAUGUUGGUCGAAUUCGAGGAACAAUGACCCAAAAAGAACUUAAAGAGCGAUUCUCUUUGUAUGGUGACAUUGAGGAAUGCACCCUGCACUUUAGAGACCAUGGGGACAACUACGGGUUUGUGACUUAUUAUGACACCAAGGAUGCAUUCACAGCCAUUGAGAAUGGAAGCAAGCUACGCAAGCCUGAUGAGCUGCCAUUUGAUCUCUGUUUUGGUGGAAGGAGACAGUUCUGCCAGACCAGCUAUGCUGACUUGGAUUCGAGUAGAGAGUACGAACCAUUGCCUGCGAGAGCCAAGUAUCAUGCACUAGACUUCGACACUUUACUGAAGCAGGCCCAGCAGAAUCUGAAGAGGUAACAGGAGGCCUGCAGCAGGAAGCAGCUGAUGUUUACCUCAGAGCCAACUGAUGGCUCCUCACCUGCAACACUGUCUUUACAUUUUUAGUUGUUGCAUUAGUUUUUUUUUUUUGUUUUUUUUUUUUGUGUUUCUGCAAGCUAACACCUUCUAUUGAAGUGAAGAUUUAUAAUGAAAGUAGGAAAAGAAGUCAAAAAAAUGGAAUACGUGGAAUUAAAUAAUUUUUUUAAAAGUUUAUUUAAAUGUACUAUUGACUUUGAAUUGUAUGGACAGAGAAUCAUUUUUAAGGGUAAAAACAGAUGGAAUAUAACUCCCUAAGUACCGGGAGAGGAUGUAAUACAUUUAAAUGUACUACAAACCUAAAUAAAAAAGUAAAACUAA